GCCUGCCUGACUGGUGACCGGGUGAAGGACCGUGAACACUCGUGCUGACGGAUAGACAGACGUAUGAGGCUGUCAUGGCACCUUGCUUUUGUCAUCCCAUCUAGAACCGCACGGCUUCAGCAGCCACUCACCUGCUCCUUCCCCUUCUCCUUCUCCUACUUCUCCUCGCAGUUCUUCUCACUUCGCUUGCUUCCGUGUUUGCCAAUCUCCAGAUUUGGCAGCCCGACCCGUGUCGCACACAGCAGCCAACAUCGCCUAGGCGGACCUCCGCCAACCGAUCGAGUCACGCCCGCCGAGCCCCAUUGCCCCCCCGCCACUGCCACGCCUUUCCGCCGACUCACAUCUGACUCUCCCCAAACCUCCAUCCGUCAUCACCACCUCCAACACCACCACCACUCCCACCACCCCCCGCGUCACAGCCACCCGCUACGUCCCUCACGAUAAAGUCGAAGGGAAGAUCCGGGUCUCACCCGACCGCCACCAUUCCUCCCACCACCAGAAAACGAAAGGCCGCUGAGGCGAAGAUAGCCCGGUCGUCGACCGACCCUGACGCUCCCCCUCCCAAGCGUCCCUCCGCCUCAGCAGCCACAGAGCAGGACGUCAUC